AAUAGCAGUGUAAUGUGAUGCAAAUAGAAUGGCCUUUGGUAGCUAUCGAAUGUCAUUAAGUGUAGAAAGUACACUGCAGAAAUUGUGCACGUGCUCGGGCAAGUGUUUACAUUGAAUAAUACAGUGCUUUGGCGUUACAUUCGUUAGUGAAGUGUGAUCAGAAUGGCGUUGGUGAACUAUACGCUGCCAUUCGGCAAUAUACAGCCCCCGACAUGGGCUACCGCGAGCCCGUUGCAAAAUCAGCAUGCAUCGGCUGUGAACAACCUUCUCUAUGGACCCGCCGGUCAUCAAGGGGAUGAUCAGGAUUUUUACAAAAAUGCCCCAUAUGCUCCACCGCAGCGGCAAUCAAAGCAAUCUCCUCAGCAGCAUCAGCAACAACCGCUGCAGCAGCAGCAGCAGCAGCAACAUACUAUUCAGUACCGACAAACGCCCCGGAACAACUAUUUGCCUCCUCCGUCGUAUAUCCCACCCAGUGCCAACUAUCCACAGGCACCAACACCGCCUCCACAAACACAACAACCCCCCGGUCGAACGUACGGCGAAGGAUCGUACGUAGACGGUACAGGAAACCAACCAAACCCGGCGGGUGUUCCACAGCAAUCGCAGCAACAACCACCGGCCCAGCAACCAGCUUACUAUGAGUACUCGUCCGGUAGCUACGCCACACAGCCCGGUCGUCCAUUUGCGGAACAGCAUGCGAACCCGCAGACGGGUACGAGCUAUCGCACCAAUACUCCACAACCGGCGCCCGGUCCAAGAGCGCCUGGUAAUCAGGGCGGUGCAGCCAACUACCCGCAGCGACCACCGGUGUAUGCUAGCGUCGGGUCAACGGGGACCCGCACCUCGAUACAUCCGGUGCUGGAUUACGACGAGGAGGACGAUGAUGAUUACUACGACGAGGCGGUGGAGGUGACUCCGAUUGUUGGGAUCUCAGAUAACCGAAAAAACUUUCGCAUGCCAACAGUCACACCGAUCCAGGGGCCCAUAUUUAUAAAGAAUGGGACCGUUCCUGUUGUGCCAUUAUUCGCGUAUCCUCAAGUCAGCAAUGGAACGUUCAUCCAAAUACCGAUAUGGUGGACAGCUUUAUCCGUCGCGCUCGGGCUCAGCAUUCAUGGAGAUGUCAUCAGAGGUGUUCCUUGCAUAAAGAAGUACCAUCAACUGUUCUGUCCGACGGCGGGCAAUACCUAUCCUAGUGACAAAAUUGAGAUGUUCAUCGACGAGAACAAAGCGCUAAUGAAGCGAAUGUACGGUGACUUCGAGAUGGCAUCACGGUUUCCGUCGUCCCCGGGGCGGAAACGUAAGCGGAGCGCAUCGGGGCCGGAUCCCUACGGUGAUGAUGACGAGUUUACGCUACUGCCGGAACUGAUGGAUCUGUACGGGGACCCAGGCGGUGAGGUACGGCUCGGUGGUGAAUCGUACUUUAGCAAGCUGCGCAAGAAACGUCAAAAUCAGAACACCAGCUCACGGGGCGGUAAUAAUGGUGGAGGACGGGGUGGUGGUGGAACCAGUGGAGGUAGUACCAACGCACGCCAGACAGCAACACCGGCCAACGGGAACGGAGGAGCCGAUGGAAGCGGUGAAUCCAACACGGGCAGGGUUGAUGCCUGCGAGUCGAAGAUUGAGAUAGUGACGCCAUACUGGGCGACGAAUUCUGCCGGCAAGGUGCGCGCCAUCGUCAACACGCAGCACUUUGAGCAGGCGAUCCACCAGGAAGUGUGUUCUAAAACCCAAACGAACCGUUGCUCCGGGGACUGUGGCUGUGAGCAGAAGUACAAAUGGCACCGAUUGCUAGCGUACGAUCCGGACAACGAUUGUAAGGGCAUCUUUAUGGAUUGGUUCCUGUUUCCGUCCUGUUGCGUCUGCCGGUGUAAUCCUUAGCGCUGGAUCUCU